AUGUCUGCCAACAAGGACCUCCAGAUUAUCUUCACCGAGAAAGGUGUUCACCCCAUUGGCCCUUACUCUCAAUGUAUCAAAGCUGGCGGUUUCGUUUUCCUGGCUGGCCAAGUCCCAACCGAUAGCCAAGCUAAAGUUGUGCCGGGCACCAUCACUGAAAAGGCCCACAAGAUGUGCCAGAACACCAAACUUGUGCUUGAGGCCGCCGGUUCUAGCUUGGAGAAGGUUGUAAAGGUUACGAUUUACUUUGAAGACCUUGGCGAUUUCGACGCUGUCAACAAGGUCUUUGGCGAAUACUUUGUUUCUAAGCCUGCUCGUACUUCUGUCCAGGUUGCCAAGCUUCCUGUUGGUUGCCCACUUGAGAUGGAUGUUACCGCACUCGCUUAA